CGUCAGAGUGGGACCUGCCAGCUCCUGUCCGGCACACUUUCCACAAUAUCCUUGCUGCUGCUACUUCUGCUCCCAGACAAGAUGAAUGCGUAUUCUUCAAGUAAUGCUCCGCGGCCUAGCGCAGGCCCCUCCAAUAGCCGAGCAGGCUACAUGGCGCAACCGCAGCCGGGGAUGGGCGCGAUGGGCAUGGGCAUAGCACCGCCACCGCAGCAGCAGCAAGCAUACAAGGGAACACUUCCACCAGGGACCAAGGUCGCAGUCGGCAACAUCACCGUAACUGUCAAGCGAUAUUUGAGUGAAGGCGGUUUCGCGCAUGUCUACCUCGUCACUUCCUCUCAGCCUAUUCCGAUCCCAUUAUCGUCCGCUGGCAGCGUAGGGGCUAGUACCUCUGGCCUGGCGAGCCGUGCAACGCGGCCCGAGACGGUGCACGUGUUGAAGCGCAUGGCCGUACCGGAUAAAGACGCGCUUGCGACUGUGCGCAGCGAAGUGGAAGCGCACAAACUCUUGCGAAACCAGCCAAACAUUGUCCACUUCAUAGAAGCCUCAGCAACGGCGCUGUCCUCUGGCGGGUACGAGAUUUUUAUCCUGAUGGAAUACUGUCCCGGCGGCGGGAUCAUCGACCUAAUGAACGCGCGUCUUCGCGAUCGACUGCGCGAGCACGAGAUCCUCAAGAUCUUCAGCGAUGUCUGCGCCGGCGUGGCCGUCAUGCACCACCUCGAUCCACCGCUGAUGCACCGGGAUCUCAAAGUGGAGAACAUCCUGCUGUCGCCUGCACCCGCGGACAACCCGUCGAUCGGGCCGACAUACAAGCUGUGCGAUUUCGGAUCCGCCGCACCGGUCCUCUCGCGUCGAGCGCCAAAGAGCUUGGACGAGAUCAAGCGCGUCGAGGCUGACCUGAACCGCUCGACGACGCUGCAGUAUCGCGCGCCAGAGAUGGUCGACGUCUACCAGCGCCGCGUGAUCGACGAGAAGUCGGACAUCUGGGCGCUAGGCGUGCUAUUGUACAAGCUCUGCUACUACACCACCCCAUUUGAGGAGAACGGCGGUGGACCGCUCGCUAUCCUUAGCGCCAACUAUCGCUUCCCGCCCAGUCCUGUCUAUUCGCAGAACCUCAAGAAUCUUAUUGCCUCUCUCCUGCGGGAACAAUCAACCGAUAGACCGACGAUCGAUCAGGUUCUCAUCCGCGUGCACCGUCUACUGGGCUCUAAGCCGCCAGCUGCGGCCAUGCACUAUGCACAGCAACUCACCGAUGGGAAACAGGUCACGCCCUUGCCGAACGUGGUAUUCAUUUCGUCUUCCUCUUCGUCUGUCACUGCAGCAGCGGUUGCCAGCGGGAGACAAGCGAUGGGGCCGCCGCCGCCGCAGCAGCAGCAGCAACCAGUGCAAAGGCAUCCCAUGCGGUCUUUCGACGACACGACAAUCAUCAACUCAGCUUCAUGCGCCGCUUCGGCUACCGCUUCAGGCGGCCUAAGCGUCCGGUCGCGCGUCAGCGACUUGAUUCAGCAUGCGCAGGCCGGAGAUGAGGAGGCUAGGCGUAAAGCUGAGGUCGACGCGCUGAAAGACUCGGUCAUACCGAUGCGCAGAGGCAGGCCCGUCAAGGGUGCCGCCGCCGCUGCUUCGUCAGGAGCUGCAGUUUCUGCAAAGCCAGUCAUGCGGCAAUUGACCGGCGAAAGGAACGUUGUUGAUGACGGUGGAAAGGGCGCGGCGGACAUGGCCGCUUUCGGCGGAAGUGCAACAGUGGGAAGGAACUUUGACUUGCCAUUCUCAGCGCAGGCAGCAGGAUCGUCCUCCAAGAGUUCGAUCCUAUUUGGUGGCUUUGAGGAUUCCUUCACACCGACGGCGGCAGCGUUGUCGCCUUCGCAAGGAGUAUCCCAGCAAGUUUCUGGUAACAGCACCGCAUCCUCUCCUGCUGCCACCGGCAACACAUCGGCGCGCUCUGCAAUGCUCCUUAACCAUAGUCCAGAAAUGCCAGGCUUUCACUCACCAUCGCUUGCGCCUUCGCUGUCGUUUUCGCCCAAGCCACCGGGUCUGUCGCCUCAGGCGAGCGCCACCGCGGGAAUACACAGAACCCAGCCGGCCGGCUCGGUGUCCUCGCUUUCGAAGACUUUCGGCGAAGCCACCAGCCGCAGUGGUGCGAAUGGAGAUAGAGAGGAUGAUGCCUCGAAUCGCUUUCCGAGCGUUAAGGAACUCGAUGCGCGGUAUGCACCUAAUGCGCACGGUGAUGUCACCUCGCCCAUCCUUUCGCCGCCGAUCGUCGCCAGCUCGCCAGCUCCAUCUGUGGAAGUUGCGCCGCCAUCGCUGCCACCUAGGGACAGGCACAAGCCGCCGCUGUCAAUCCCGACCAGUGUCUCGCCCCGCCAGUCCGUAGGCGCAAUGGCGAGCAGAUUCAACAGCAGCGUCAGCCCGGCAGCGGACAAAACUUGCUCGUCUUACUCGCCGACGGGAACGACCACCAAGGGUGCAGCGGGUUUGCUAGCUGACAGGUGGCCGCGUGGCAUAAAAGGGGGCUUGAUGUCUCCUUCGUCGUCGGCAUCAGCUGCGCAAGCCGACAGGCGGCCUGCACAGCCUGAGGAGUUCGAUCGGAGCAACGUGAAAGACCGCACUCACCCCCCUCCGGCGUGUGCUCCUCCGCGCGACUGGCUGACGGGCGACGACACGGAUGAUGCAAUCGUGACCAAACUCGCGCCUGCGUCGUCCGAAGCAGCAAAUGCACAGCCCGUGGACGCUCACGUUGCACUGACUGCCGCAUUGGAAUCCGACAGCGGCGAUGAGCCCGAAGAACCGGAGGAUGUCGGUGGCAGUGCUCUUGCGAGAAAGUACGCACGUCAACCGGAAGGGUUGUCCUCCCCCCAGCAGGGUGAUGCGGACAAAGCAGCCGGCACUACUCCACAUAGGGUCAAGACGCCUUCUUGGCUGGUCGAGACGACUGCAGAUGUUGCUCCAUCGAGGCAAAAGUCAUCCAAAAGGUUGGAAUCAGUGCCGUCAAAGAUUCACGGCGCAGUCGGUGCUGUUGAUUCAGCGCCAUCUGCUGCUGCUGCCGCCGAUGACUUUGCCGAUGAGGAUGACCGUGACCUCGCUGUCAUCGAGGGCAGGCUGCCGAGCGAGCGCAAGCAAGUUCCCGCGCCGGCAUGGGACGAGAUGGAUGAGACGGAGAUGCGAGCGCUGCCGCAGCAGCCCAUGUCUCUAUCUGAUGGUCAUACCAACAUGCCGGCUGCUGAUGCUCUUCCGCCCCAUACAAAGCCGGCGGCAGGACCCGCGCAAGUAGCACCACCACCUGCGCAGAUGGCCACGUUGAAGCAAUACGUCGAUGCUGCCACCUCUCCACCACCAUCUGCCAUCGAUGCCUUUGCGCCGGCGGACAAGGUGGAUGUGCAGGCUCCCACGUUCGCGCCCGACGCGAGUAAGGUAGAGGGCGAAUGGUCAGCAUCGCCGCCCAGUGCACGGACACCCACCAUUUCGGAGCGCAUGCAUGAGCUACAGGUUGCCGCAUCCUCCUCUCAGCCGAUCACCCCGGAUACACGAUCUUCCCCUGUCGCCUCUGUUGGCGGGGCUUCCGUACGCGACCGCUACAAGCCGCAAUCGCACAAGACGGCAGUAGCGUCGAGCAGCGUCAACGGCAAUGGCCGCCACGAGCCGCAGGUGAUCCUCCCGCGGCUGGUACAGACUCGGCGGGACAAUUCCUCAGCGUUGAUCGCGGCUGCGAAGCGCGCAUCAGCAGCGGCUCCUGCGUCCAGUCUGAAACCAUGGGAGCGCGAAGCUGCUGCCGCUGCGGAGUUCAACAGGGCUGGCGUGGUCAAGAGCACCAGCAGCGCCGCCGGCGCCGACGCCGCUCAUGACGACGAUGAGGCGGGCGGCCCUAGCCCUGCCACCGCAUCGCACCACCUGGGUAGCGGCAGCAUCGCUGGGGCCAGCGAGGCGCAAGAGCGGUUCCGCGGCGUGAGCGACUUAAUCAGCAAGUGGCAGGCGAACGCCAAAGCACAGGCUCCAGGGUGGGGACGCAUAGGCGAGACGGCAGGUAGCAGCAACCACACCGCAUCGUCGGGCGCAACAGCAGGAGGCAUGGGUGCGCUGCGUGCAGGGCCUAAUCUGGGAGAGGCUGCUGCGGAUGUCGGCAGCAAACGCACGAGCAGUGUCUUGCCUCGCUCGGCUACCACUCAUCGAUUGCCUGGGACGGAUAUUUGAGAGGCAGAGCUUAGCAGAGCAUGGGAGCGGAGGGGGGGGUGAUCGCCUGGCGUUACGCUCGUGCGC